AUGAGCAAAAGACAGGAAUCUGCGGGUAAGGCGAAAACAUUUGCAUUGGAUGCAUCAAAGAAUGUGCUUGCGGCCUCUUCUCAGCUCGAUGCCUAUUAUUUUUUCCUCCUGUGGCAUUUGUCACAUAUUCUUCAUCCCUUGCGGGAGCCCUUUUUUCAACUUUCUUUCAACUCGUCAAAGGAUCCACCAUUGGGCAUUAAAACUUCCAAGGCAAAUACACACCUCUAUGUCUGGCUACCUUCCUCCACAGAACACUUAUUAUCUUGGCGUUGGAUAAAAUUUUCUUAUCUUCUUUCCUCGGUAUUUAUUCGCCUCUAUGCUAUCAAGAAGAAGGAAUGUCGGGAUUCCUAA